AUGCCUCCUCCGCAAGCUAGGCUUCCAUGGGAACUGGAGGAAGAAAUACUCACUCGUCUUCCACCUAAAGUUCUCGUUCGGUUCAGAACCGUAUGCAAACAAUGGAACUCUCUUUUCAACGACAGGAGUUUCAUCUACAACCACCUGUCCCUCCCCCGUCCUCAGUUCAUCCUCCUGACCAAACACACCAUUUAUUCGAUAGACAUCACCGAUCCAACUAUGAAGUUGCUUGAGCGACACACCUCUCGCCUUGGUUUAUGUUUGCAUAACGCAAACAUCACUACAUGCGAUGAGUUGUUGUUUUUUAACUAUCCACGCCCUUGGGAGAAGAAGACAUCACUCUGGAAUCCAUGGCUGAGACAGGUUAAGUGGAUCAACUUGGUUGUGGACAAACACUUCGAUGUUUUUGGGUUAGGGUACGACAAUAGUAGGCCUGAAAAGGUUUACAAGAUGUUAGGGUAUAUGAGAUACCAGAUAAAUGUAUACCCUGACAGAGUUGUGAUCUACGAGUGUGCGUUUCAAACGUUGAGGUUUAUUGAUACACCUGACGAGGACAUGCCCAUGUCUGAAACAGCUAAAAGUUCACAUGUGUCUUUGAAUGGAAAUUUGUAUUGGAUUGCUUGCAAUCGCCAAACUCGCGAGUAUUUCAUCCAAAGCUUUGACUUCUCUAGUGAGAUUUUCAAACCCGUCUGUCUCCUUCCGUUUCAAGAAAGCCCUUCUUGUGAUGAGCAUGUUCUCGCGGUUUUCAAAGGAGAUCGGUUUUCGUUGUUAAUGCAAUGCUAUUUGACAAGGAAGAUUGAUAUUUGGGUAACGAAGAGGAAGAUUGAUGAUACAGAGGAAGUGGUGUGGAUGAAGUUGAUGACUCUAACAGCAACUAACUUGCCAAAGUUGUUUAAUAAGCUUUAUGGUGUUAGUUACUUCAUCUAUGACAAGACACUAGUCAUGUGUUGUGGGGACGAUGAAAGUGGAAAGCCUUGCAUCUAUAUUGUCAAGGGAGAUACGUGCGAUAAGAUUCAUAUAGGUGCUGACCUAAACAGCCUUGCAUCUAGGAUCACUUGGUUUUCUCACUGUGCCUAUGUUCCAAAUUGGACUUCUGUUCCUUUAGAGUUUUAGAUUGCGUGAAUAUCAUGUUGUGCCUAGUAUUAUCAGGGUUUUAUUUUCUUUAAGUUGUGCC